AUGAGCGCUAUAAGAUGGAUACGGAGCCGACGUCGCAGCACGACUACACCAGCAAACAUGGCACCCUUCCCCGACAUUCUGUUUACAAGCUCUAAUGACACCUAUGCAACGCUUGCUGGCCACCCUGGCACCACACACAUUCGCUGGAUUGAUCUCCUCGUCUGGCUGUCAACCCUCCUCGUGCCGCUUCUAAUUAUCCAGCGUGGUAUGAGGCGAAGCCUGCAGCUCAACAAGUCUUUGCCAGUAAAGCCGUCCAAGUUGACGCCGCUCGAGAAAGCCCUGAUGCCGAUCCACACCGUCUCGUUCUUCAUGCCGACCCUCGUCUACCUCGUCGGCUCGCUCCAGGCUUGUCUGCACCAGCCGCAGUGGGCGUGGUGGAGCGAGUGCGCGCUCCCUGACGACCCGCGUGCGGACACCCUCCGGCUCGCCGCCUGCGGAUUGAGCGUAGUUUGUGCAUGGUGUCUGAACAGCGCUUUCACCCAUCUCGGGACGCAGGUGCACCAUAUCGGCGUGCGUGAGAAGCCCAAGACGGUGGAGACAGGCCCGUUCAGUGUCGUGCGCCAUCCCAUGUACAGUGCUGUGAUUGUACAGCAGUUCUUGCAUAUCAUCAUGUUUUGGUCAUUGUUUCCCCUGGCCGCAGCCUUCAUCACCGCGGGGGCGAUGGUUAUGAAAAUAUCUCCUGAAGAGAGACUGCGCGAGUUGGAUCCCGAAGCAGGACCCGAUUACGUUGCCUACAAACGCAAGGUCCCUUCGAAGCUCAUACCUUACAUCUGGUAG